AAAAAGUUCCUCUGGAAAAAACAGUAGUAGAAACUGAUGCCCCUUAUUUGACUCCUGUUCCUCAGAGGGGAAACAUUAAUUUUCCCAGCAAUAUAAUUUAUACUUUGCACAAAAUUGCGAAAAUUAAAAAAAUAGCUUACGAAGAAUUAGCCGCUAAAACUUCGGCUAAUGCUUGCCGAUUAUUUAAUAGCGGUUUUGGGGUUCAACAAACUCUAGCUUACCAGCAAUUUUUUCACGCUAGUGGCUUGACCCCCAACGAGAUAAAAUUCUUGCGGGACAAUGUCAAUAAAGAAGAGGAAUUUAUUAAGUCUUUCUCCCAAGCCACAACCUUACGACAAAAGCAAGAGUUAGAAGCACAAUGA